GCAAAGGGUCUGGCGAGGGUCUGGCCACCAGCAAUUUCCCGAGGUCCCUCGCCAAGUCAUUAUCCUAGAGCAACUGCUCUUUGUCGUGCCUUCAAUUUGAUGUAUGAAGCUUAUUUGAGUGCCUUUGCGGAGUGACGGACGCUUCUCGUGCACAAAUGCUGGACAAGCCGCUGCCUUUCGCGAGCUCGGCUAGCGGGCAGACCGCCCCACAAAAACAGCGAUUCAAAACAUGCCAAUGUUAUGUGUGAGCAUUUGACAAGGUUUGGUCUUUAGUCGCCAUGGCGUGUAUGGGCACGCCCCCGACUGAACCCUAGUGCCUGCUGCCGCUCUCGCUACAGAACUCACAAACAAUCCCUCCCAUCCGCAUUCCAAUCCAGCAGCCGCAACCCAGAGCUGAUGGUGGCGCCGACGGGCUCCUUCACGUCGGGCCUCCGCCGCGUGCACAGCGUGCUGAGCCAGUUCCGCCAGAGCGAGCUGAAGCAGCUGCGGCAGAGCUCGCUCGAGUGGGUGUUUGGCCUGACGGGCAGGGCCGGCAGCUGCAUGUACAUGGCUCCCGAGGUGUUUCGCAAGCUGCCCUACAACGAGAAGGCUGACGUGUUCAGUUUCGGAGUGGUCAUGUACGAGUUGCUGUCGCGCGAGCUGCUGGUCAUCUCCUACUUCAAUACCAGCCGGGGAGCCAAGCUGGGCAUGCACCAGCCAGAGGACUAUGCGGAGAUGGUAUGCGAUGGCUUUCGGCCGGCGCGCCCUGGGGCCUUGGCGAACGAGGCUGCCUGGUCCCUGAUCGAGGCUUGCUGGCAGGACGACCCGGUGCAGCGACCCGACAUGGACACCGUGCUGGUGCGGCUGCGGGAGCUGCAGCGGGAGGAGGAGCUGCACCCCACAGACCCCGGUGGUCUCAUGGGGUGCAGCUGCGUCAUCAGUUGACGCGGCAGGCCGCAAGCCUGCCGCCGUGCGUCUUGCGAUGGGACAGGGUAAAGGGGCAGGGUGGAGUGGUCCCAUGCAACUGGCAGCAAGCCUGCCGCCAUGCGUGGUGCCAUUUAGUUUGGCUUGUCACGCAGGCGCUGAGGUGUGGCUCAGUUCCGACGGCCGCCGGGCACACGGAGAACACGUGAAUCCAGUCGCACCACGGAUGCCACAGCUGACUACAAUUGUCUUGUGCGUGUUGCAAUCGUCUCGGGUGCUGGUCAGGAUUAUAGGGCUGGCGGACCUAUCUAACGCAGGCUAACUUGGUUUGCAUCAGCUGUUGCUGCAAGAAGGCUGCGUGAUUACUGCACAAGGCGCCUUCACUCUCCUCAUAUUUUGUCACUUGUCGUGGCUGCAUGCAUAUCUGUGCAUGAUGGCAGCAUAUGAUAAUGCAUUCAGCGGGCUUGCACAGAGUGCUUUAGACCUGAUCAUCAUGGCCAUGCGUGUCUGCACUGCACUAGUGAUCAUGAGAUUGGAACUCAUUAUUGUUUGCGCCUGAAAUGUGCACCCUCAUGUUUGCGCAUUGAAGUACCGUACUUGCGCGAAUGCGCGUUGACAUGCAUUUGCCUGGCGCCUUCACAAGCGUUGUGCUUCACUUCUUAGCAAUUUGCGUCAGUUGCGUGGGGUGUUGUGGUGGGGUCGGUGCGCCGGACAUUCGGGCUGACUUGAAACGUAACGCAGACCUUCCCCCUCACUUGCAACUGCGGGCUAUUGGGUACAAAUGCGCAAACGUAUGGCUACAGUACAUUCAUGGACAUGAAGCUCAAAUGUAGCAGGUGCAGCACGUACAGGCGUAGGACACGGUGUUUGGUCACGCGGCUCAUACCUGCACUCGUGUGUACGCACCGCGGGUACGCACAUCUGCUGCGGCUUGCGUUGGUUUGAACGUUGGACGUGCCUUGCAUGAAUUGUUGGUGGGACGCAGACUGCGGGCAUUGAAGUGAGCGGAACGUUUGUGGCAUCGCCGGAAUUGCUAAUGGAUCCUGCACUAGCCGAGGUAGCUGCUAGGCACUGCAUGGCAGCGAUCCUUCCGUUUGUGCAUGUGAGCUUGUGUUGUGUGAGACAAAAUCGCUGUAUUACACCUCGCGCACACAGUGACAUGUGUUGGCUGGCAUGGCUUACAUCCGCCGUCAUGAUUGCUGCGGGAAACGGUGCCUUCGCCAAAAUGGGAAGAGCAGGGGGAGAGCGAAUGAUGCCGUGCCGGCGGUUGGCAAUGAUGGGCGUUGUUGCCGCGUCAAAGCGAUGCGGCAAGCUACUUUGCAGCGUUUAGGUUCGACCAGGUUCGGCAGAAGGCGCCGGGCCAGGGAGGCAAUCGGCUUGCGAUCGCUCCGUGCGUUUCGGCACGGGAGUUUUGCUUUCAUUCAUUUUCACACCCACACGCAUAUUUUGACGUGGUUUGCAUGGGUAUCUGGACCUUUCUCGCGCUAUGGGAGCUAAAGACUUAACAGGCUGCGCGGUGCCUGACAACUUGCAGCGGUUGAACCCGGCCGAGCUCUCGCUUAAGAAGCUGCUGGGUCGCGGAGGGUUCGCGACAGUGUAUGCUGCCACUUACGCGAGUGAGCCCGUCGCAGCAAAGGCGAGUUCGCACAGUGUCCUUU